CGUCCACUAGUCGCAACGGAUGCAACCAGUUGGCACCAGCUCCGUGUUAGUUCGCCCGUCGGUCGUUCUGUCGAUCGGAUACAUUUACACGAACUUUGCGAGUGAAUCAAACUGUUUUUUUAAUCAACUGCAUUGUAUAUUUUAAUGGUGAAACAUUAAAAAAAAAAAAAUCUAUAAUAUUAUUUGUCAUUAAGUUCAGAUAUAUCGUUCGCGGUGGAAUGCGCCGCUAUUACUAUUGGAUAAAGUGAUGAUAUCGAUGAACAGGCCGAUUAUCUACCAGACACCUAACAUGGGAAUGCACAACUCAAAUACUUGUGCCGCCAACAUGUACACGCACUCGAUGGGUGACGAUUAUUAUGGUGGACUGGAUUACGAUCCACAGUGCUUGGGAAGGCCGCCACUGGACACUUCAGUGUACGCCGAGUGCUAUUAUCCUAAGAACGGUACGUCAGAUUACAGGACUUACUACAGCGACGCAUCCGCCGGUGGUGCGUACGGGUCCGAUCCGACGCAGCAGCCUACCGACGGUGGUUACCAUCAAACGGCCGCUGCGACAGAAGCGGACGUAAUCAUCACGUCUUCAGACGGAUUGAGUUACACGAAUUUGGACUGUAGUGUUGGCGGCGGUACCGUGACGGCUAACAUUGGACACCACAGUCACGAUUACGGGGCGUACGGUACUGACGAAGUUGGAUAUGGAAGCAAACCGUAUGCCAGUUACGGCCGUGAAGACACCGAGUCUUAUUGUGGUACAUCGGUGGACAACGCUUUUUUCAAUAUGCACUUGAAUCAUCAUCACCCUCACCAUCACCAACAUCAUCACCUCCACGAACAGCAAACACCGCCGGUGACAGACGAACGAUGUCCCCGUAUCAAACAAGAAGUUACUCCCCAUUGUUUUGGUGCCCAAGACAGUUCGUCGCCUUAUCAGGACACGGCAACCUACCAACAGCACCAGAUUAGUCAACCUCAACAUGUAGUUCAUCAACAACACUUACACCAACAACAGCAACAGCAGUGCGGACAAAAUGGUACAUCUCAGAAUCAGCUUCAGCACCAAAAGCACAGUUCUGUCGCGCCAACGGCGGUGCCAACAUACAAAUGGAUGCAAGUCAAACGAAACGUUCCUAAGCCAGCGGCACUGAAAACCGAUUACAACCAAACUGCUAAUGCGACGUUUGGGAGUACGGCGGCCGGACUUAUGCUUGGCCAAGGUCAUAUUUCCGACAAUAGAAGCGGACAACAGCUGAUGUUGAACCAAUCGCCGGUGACCAGAUCACAAGUGAUGAACGGAAACGCGGCGCUGCUACUGAUGAACAACACGGGCCGUACGAAUUUCACCAACAAACAGCUAACGGAAUUAGAAAAAGAGUUCCAUUUUAACCGUUACCUGACGCGAGCAAGACGGAUCGAGAUUGCGUCAGCACUCCAACUCAAUGAGACUCAAGUAAAAAUAUGGUUUCAGAACAGAAGAAUGAAACAGAAAAAACGACAACGUGAAGGAUUGUUACCGGUGGCUCAACAGCACCAGCAAGACAUGCACCUUAGUGGAACGAGCAGCACCAGUAACUCUCCAACUGCUUCAAAUGUCUAAAAAAUGCGUAUUAAUGUUUACAAGUGCGACGAAUCCAACGUUUAAAUAGCAUAAUAUACAAAUAUUACACAGAUAUAUCAAGCAUUUCCAUGUUGAAUCCAUUAAACGUUCAAUUUUUAUUACAAAAAGAUCAUUAAUUUACAAAUCAAUUUGUAACAUUUACAAUUCAUUUUCUAAAACCUAUUCAAAAAAAAUUACUGUCGGCUUUAUAACAAUUGUGUCCUUGAUACUUCGAUUUAACUAUUAUAGCGAACUACAUUUUCCUCGUACCAUCAAAGCAAAACCAAUGUAACUAUUAAAUUUUUUUAUUAACAAGUCCAAGAUAAAUUGCUUGUCACUUGACAUUUUCUGUUUAUUGAUUAAUGAACUUUUUCGGUGCAGAAAAUGAUCUCUCCAAAUCAUCUUUCGAAAUUCUAUUAAUGUUUUCAAAAAUAUUUUAAAAACUCAAUGUAGUUAAAAGCUCGUUAUUCUGUUUAUAUCAUUCUAAGUUCCAUAUAUUAAAAAAAACAGUUACCAUAAAAUGUGUAAAUAUUGUAGUAAAAUUCUUUUAAAUAAUUCCUAAGUACUGAAUUAACAAAAAAAGAGAACACUUGCUUAAGACAAAUGAUCAUUUGUAAAGAUUGCACUUUAUAAAAACCGUUAGUUUAUUUUUGAACGUCUCUUUAUAAAAAUUGUAAAAAGAUAAACGUCAUUUGUAUCUUAAUAAUAAAUUUGGUAAAAGCGCUAUCUAAAUUUAUAUGUUAAUUAUUGGACGAUAAAAUUCCAUAAAA